CCCCCGGGGCUUCAGCAGACACUGAAAAUAUCGAAUGGAUACUGUCCGUCGACGCCCACCGCAGUCGGAAACAGUAACUCAUGAGGGCGCGGCUGAGCGGCAGGAGCUUUUCAACCGCAUUGCUCCUGUCUAUGACAAAAUGAAUGAUGUGUUUACGCUGGGGUUUCAUAGGUUGUGGAAGCGGUGGACUGUUUCUUGGAGCGGGGCAAAACAAGGAGACAAGGUGUUGGAUGUUUGUUGCGGAAGUGGGGAUCUGAGCUUUCUGCUGUCCGAGAAAGUUGGAACUGAUGGCAAGGUAAUUGCUGUAGAUUUCUCAAAGGAGCUGUUACAGAUAGCUGCGUCUCGCCAGCGUCAGCUCCAGCGCUCAAAACCCUGCUACAAGAACAUUGAGUGGUUCGAAGGAGAUGCAGUCAGUCUGCCGUUUCCAGACUCCACUUUUGAUGCUGCUACAAUCGGCUUUGGGUUGAGAAAUAUCGUCGAAAGGGAAAAGGCUCUGCAAGAGAUGUCUCGAGUUCUAAAACCGGGUGCAAAACUAUCCGUUCUUGACUUCAACAAGAGCACUAGCCGGUUAACUUCUAUCUUUCAGGAUUGGAUGAUUGAUUACAUAGUUGUGCCUGUGGUAAGUUGGUAUGGAUUUACCAGCGAGUAUCGAUACUUGAAGAACUCAAUCAAGGGAUUUUUCACAGGAAAUGAGCUGGAGAAGCUGGCUUUAGAAGCAGGGUUUUCUGAGGCCAAGCAUUAUGAGUUUGCUGCAGGAUCCGUUGGGAAUUUGGUCGCGAUUCGCUAGACACAUGUCUUUCCCAGCCCAUGCGGCUUCCACAGAUGUAGGUUCUCCGUUCAUGAGCUGGCUUUCUGCAGUUAGGCUCGUUGUUGUUGUUGUUGUGGUGGUGGUGGUGGUGGUUGUUUCAAUAAAUUUGUCAAUUUCUGUUGAUCAGAAUUGUCAAAGUUCGUUGGGAUUUUCUCACUUAUAGCAAAUGUAUUUAAUGCAUGGAGUUGAUAGUACAUUGCUUGUUUAAAUAUAUCAUUUAUUUUAAUUA